AUGCCUUCACUCGGUGACGACGACGACCCCGUCACGGCAGAAUACGACGUCUACAUCACCGCCUCAUCCCCGCAGUCCCAGACCUACCUCCUCCAGUACCCCAACCGCAACCGCCUACAACCCUACAAUGCCCGCUCGAACGCCAAGCCGCUCGAGCUGCGCAUCAAGCCCUCGUCCGGCUUUCUCGAGAUCGACGUGCCCAUGAACGUCUACGCGAACUUCGACAAGACAAAGGGCAUCAAAUGGGGCGAGGCAAUGCUCAAGACCAGCCACAACGGUGGCAGCAGCAACUUUGGGCUUGCCGCCGGCUUUGCGAGGCCCAGAGAGACUGGCGCAGCGGCUAGGAGGGCUAGGGCAAGGGGUGGGGAGGAGGAAGAUGAAGAAGGGCCCGACGAGGAGAUUGACAGGCACUUGGAGAACUUCGAGGACGCGAACAGUAAGGGACAUGUCAUGAACAAGCAGACGCUGGGCGGGCAGAUCUUGAAAGAAGAGAGUGGAAAGCCGAUCUACAUGCUCGGUGCUUUUCGUGGGAAGGAGCUUCAUUUAACGAAAGUCACCGGGCUGGUCCAGAUGCGCCCGCAGUUCCACCAUCUCGACGCCUCGUCCCAUGUCGAAUCGGCCGCUCGCCGACGUGAGCGCGAAGCUGCCGAGCCGCCUCGGGACACUCAGCCCCGGGCGGUGCAAAUGUCAGUGAAACAAAACGAUACAGACGGCCCUACUGGGAUUACCACAAAAGAUUACUUGCAAGCCGCGCAGCAGGAGCCGUGGACAAAGCUGAGGUACCAUGAUGAGGAUACGGACGAAGCAUACGGCAUAUACCACGACAAGCUCUUCAUCCACGAUACCGAGGGCGCCUCUCAGCUCAAGUCCUCCAUGACCAAUGAGGAAUACCUCGAUGCCAUCAGCGCGCCGCGCCACGAUCCCAGUGGGCGAUCGAAGAAGAAGCCCCUAACCAAGAAGCAAAUGCAGGUCAUUGAGGAAUCCGAGGGCUCAGAGGAUGAUCCCGAGGAGGUACCGCCACCACAAGACCCCGCUACUUCUGGAGAGCAGAAUGAUGCUGAAAUGGCCGAUGGUAGCGAUGGCGCUCAGGCCACACCAGGUGCUGAAAGAUGA